GACAAGCUGCGGGCCAGAGCGGCCCGCGCCGGCGCUUGUGUCCGGUGCUCCUCGUUGGUUGGGACGCUGCGCUGGCACCUUGGCUCGGAGCACCAGGAAGGGUCGCUGUUUCAGCUGUUCGACUUCGGCGCCAGUUGGGGGACGCCAGAACUUAUGCACCUCAAAAUCACAUGCCUAAAAUGAUACCAUAAUCCUGCGGGUCCCUCCUGCAUAAAGGCCCCCCGUGUUUUGGUGCACGCGCACCUUGUACACGCUGCUGCAAUGCAGCCCCGGACCCCCGCCCGGGCACAUUGCAGCGCUGCUUCCCAGCCCUCCUCUCCCCGGCGCGCUCCUCCACCUGCAGCACCCGAACGCAGAAGCUGCAGUGACCUUUCUUGUGUCACUUUAAAAAUCGAAGUACAUGAUAACGUUUGCCGGGUCUGCACCACCUCGCAAUCCGCUCUCUCAAAACACUGGGCACGGUCCUAACUACCUUAGUAAGACCUCAUCUGGGCGGGAGCACUGGCAGCUGCUGGGCAAUUUGAAGACCACUGUGGAGGGCUUGGUGUCAGCCAACAGCCCCAACGUCUGGUCCAAGUAUGGUGGCCUGGAGCGGCUCUGCAGGGACAUGCAGCGCAUCCUCUACCAUGGGCUCAUCCAUGACCAGCUCUGUUGCCGGCAGGCAGAUUACUGGCAGUUUGUGAAGGACAUCCGCUGGCUCAGCCCCCACUCCGCCCUCCACGUGGAGAAGUUCAUCAACUUGCAUGAGGAUGGACAGAGCGAUGUCUCAGGUGUGAGCCAGCACGCUGUCGCGGAGCUGUGGCUGCAGCACAGUUUGCAGUGUCACUGCCUCUCGGCCCAGCUGCGGCCCCUGCUGGGGGACAGGCAGUACAUCCGGAAAUUCUACACAGACAGCGCCUUUCUGCUCAGCGACGCGCACGUGACAGCCAUGCUGCAGUGCCUGGAAGCCGUGGAGCAGAACAACCCCCGCCUGCUGGCUCAGAUCGACGCAUCCAUGUUUGCCAGAAAGCAUGAGAGCCCGCUGCUGGUGACGAAAAGCCAGAGCCUGACAGCUCUGCCUGGUUCCACACACAUCCCACGGACCAGCUGUGCUCAGCAUUCCUACUUCGGGGCCUCCUCCGGCCUGCACCAGUCCAUGGCCAACCACGGCUCAGAGAGAAGAACCACUUCCUUUACAGUCUGUGGCCCUCCCCAGAGACCCCAGGAAGUCCAAGGGCACCUGGCCCCAGCAGAAGAGCAAACCACCUACAUCCCCCAGCUUUCAGACUCGGCACCAGCCUCAGCGCCCCUGUCGACCCCACAAGAGAUGAGCUCCAGGGCCGCAACCAGCCCGCUGGAGGUAUCAUGGGCCAGUAGCCAGAGUGACUCACCGAGUGAUGGCAGUGAGGGGCCCGAGUACCUGGCCAUCGGCAGCCUGGACCCCCGAGGCCAGCCUGGCAGCUGUCAGAGCCCCAGCAGCAAUGGCGGGAGCAGCAGCUUGAAGCUGUUCUCCUCCGUCAGCUCCCAGAAGCCAGGCUCUGCCACGUCUUCUUUAGGGGAAGAAGAGGGCAGCAGGCAGAGCCAGCUGCCCAGUGUCCCCCGAAGGUCCAGCUUCUCAGAGGGGCAGACGCUCCCUGUCACUGGAGUGACAAAGAAGAGCCACAUCCGCUCCCACUCGGACACCAACAUUGCCACCAGAGGAGCCCCAGGAUGCCCCAGGAAUAUCACCAUUAUAGUUGAAGAUCCCAUUGCAGAAGGUGCCCAGUGCCUGGGCUCGGGAGAGGGCAUGUUCCGGAGACCAUCAGAAGGACAGUCCCUCAUCAGCUACCUCUCGGAGCAGGACUUCGGCAGCUGUGCAGAUCUGGAAAAGGAGAACGCCCACUUCAGCAUCUCAGAGUCUCUGAUUGCGGCCAUUGAGCUGAUGAAGUGCAACAUGAUGAACCAGUGCUUGGAGGAGGAGGUGGAGGAGGAGGACAGUGAUCGAGAGAUCCAGGAGUUGAAGCAGAAAAUCCGCCUCCGGCGCCGGCAGAUCCGUACCAAGAACCUGCUCCCUGAGUACCAGGAGACAGAGCACGGGAGCUUUCGGGUCACCUCCAGCAGCUCCCAGUUCAGCUCUCGGGAUUCCACACAGUUCUCUGACUCUGGCUCCACUGAUGAGGUUGAUGAGCUUGAAAUCCAAGAUGCCGACAUCCGACGGAGCACAACCUCAAACAGCAAACCCUUCGUUUCCUCCCAAUCCUUCUCCCACUGCUUCCUGCACUCCACGUCGGCCGAGGCAGUGGCCAUGGGGCUUCUGAAGCAGUUUGAGGGAAUGCAGCUUCCAGCGGCCUCGGAGCUGGAGUGGCUGGUCCCAGAGCAUGAUGCCCCUCAGAAGCUCCUGCCCAUCCCCAACUCCCUGCCCAUCUCGCCAGAUGAUGGGCAGCACGCAGACAUCUACAAGCUUCGGAUCCGUGUGCGUGGCAACCUGGAGUGGGCCCCACCCCGGCCUCAGAUCAUUUUUAAUGUUCAUCCAGCCCCAACGAGGAAGAUCGCUGUGGCCAAGCAGAAUUACCGCUGUGCAGGAUGUGGCAUCCGGACUGACCCUGAUUAUAUCAAGCGGCUACGGUACUGUGAGUACCUAGGCAAGUACUUCUGUCAGUGCUGCCACGAGAAUGCCCAGAUGGUCAUUCCUGCCCGGGUCCUGCGUAAGUGGGACUUCAGCAAAUACUAUGUCAGCAAUUUCUCCAAGGACCUGCUCCUCAAGAUCUGGAACGACCCCCUCUUCAACGUGCAGGACAUCAACAGCGCCCUCUACAGGAAGGUCAAGCUGCUCAACCAAGUGCGGCUGCUUCGGGUCCAGCUGUACCACAUGAAGAACAUGUUCAAGACGUGCCGACUGGCCAAGGAGCUUCUGGACUCCUUUGACACAGUCCCAGGCCACCUGACAGAGGAUCUCCACCUGUACUCUCUGAAUGACCUGACCGCCACCAAGAAGGGGGAGCUGGGGCCAAGGCUUGCCGAGCUCACCCAGGCAGGGGCUGCCCACGUGGAGCGGUGCAUGCUCUGCCAAGCCAAGGGCUUCAUCUGUGAGUUCUGUCAGAGGGAGGAAGACAUCAUCUUCCCUUUUGAGCUGCAGAAGUGCCGGAUCUGUGAAGAAUGUAAAGCGUGCUACCAUAAAGCCUGCUUCAAGUCUGGACACUGUCCCCGGUGCGAGCGGCUGCAGGCCCGGCGGGAACUGCUUGCCAGGCACAGCCUGGAGUCCUACUUGUCUGACUACGAGGAGGAACCCGAGGAGGUCCUGACCCUUGAAGCCACUGUCCUGGAGGGUACCUGAGGGAACCACGUUUUGUCCUCUGCCUUGGGGCUAGGGUCACACAAAAUGCAGAACUGAGCCACCCUGUGAAGGACUUUUGCCCUCGGGGGUUUUUUUUCUAAAUUAUUAUUUUUUUAAUGACUUGUCUGAUGUCCAUGUGUGGCCAACCUCUGUUUGGUUGAUGGGUCCAGUCUGCUGUUGUGAUGGCUAAUUUGUGGGCACCAGCAGCUUCCAUCAGGACUCACAGUCCUGAGUGAAGCUUCUAGUGCCCCUGGCAGGGGAGUGGACAGUGAGGCCGAAUUCUGUCAGCACAGCCUUCUCCGUAGGACCAGCUCUGGUCACAGUGCAUCUCCAGUAUCAUCUCCACUUGUUUUUAAUUCUGGAGCCUCUGAGCCGGGCCCCUCUCAGCCAGCUCUCUUCUCCUUUGCUGAUAUAAUAGGGGGUGGGGUUUUCUCCAUCCAGGUCCUGAAAUACCAAGAAACACAGAGAACAGGACUCCCUGGGGGCAUCUGUCAGGCUUCUGUAGGCACGUUGGGGGCCAUAAGAGCAGUCAUUACCGUCCUAGAGCUCAGAGAGACAACUGUGACAUAGGCGGAGAUGGUGGCUCAAGCUGAUGUUCUUCAUCUCCCCCAGUGGCCUCAAAGCAAAGAGCAUGACUGAGGCUUAGGCCCUGGCUGAGUGUAGCCUGCACCACAGUGUAAGUGAGGCAUGGUUGUGGCAUAAGCAUGUAUCCAGGUAGAGGAGCUGCUGGCCUCUGCUUAGGUCUGGGUCUGGGGUACUGAGCUCCUGGGCGCAGGUGCGAUCUUUCAUGCUCAGGUGAGCCCCUGCCACCCUAAUGUAAGGCCAGAAACCCUGUGAACCAUCUUAAUGUGAGUCUCUUACUGCUGUGUCCUGUCAAAUGAUCGUGGUGGUUCCCAGUGAAGACACAGCCCAGCUCAAUUCUCUGUCCCUCGUGCCACCGAGCUGGGACUCUCCCUGGUGGCUGAUCUCUUGGCUUAGUUUCUUUUCUCAGGGCUGGAGAAAACCCUUCCUGCUAUUCAUAGUAUUAGAAAACUUGACAGUUUGUGGAUGUGAAUGUGAAUGUUCCUGCGUUCUUGGGAUAUCAAGAGUCUUUACGCCAAUUAUGCGUUUACCUCUAUCCAGCCUGGUGAUAUUCACUUGUUCAGUCAUUUUCCUAUGACUCAUUUUAACAUUCUUCCCAUCCCCAUGUUAGUGUGUAUUUUGAUGGGAAAAGCACUCAGAUGGGCUCAGUGUGUUUGUGGUGUUUUUGAAGUUGCUGUAACCCCUAACUGCUAUGUGAAACACUGGUCCAGGUUGCUUCUCCGAGGGUGGCUGCUCUGUGCCCUAACCUGGCAGUGUUGUUCUGGGACUGACUCUUUCCUGUACAUUAUGCUUGUCUUCCCAUAGUUGGUCACUAGUAGAGUGGCUUGGGCACUGCCCGUGGAAGCCGAACAGGAAGUCGCCUAUGGUUGGUGGAAGCUGAUGUAUGCCAGAGCCGAGGGCCACAGGGUCUCACGAGGAAGUGGAAGGGACAUUUGGGUAACAGUUAAAGUGAAGCUCUGCCAGAGCAGGAGGAAAGGGAGGAGUCGGCUCACGUGCUGGUUCCUCUGCUCAGACUUGGGCUUGGGAGGCUCCGUGGGUGGUUCUCCCAUUGUCAGUGAGGCUCUAAGAGCCAAGGCCCUUGAAGGGCUGACUAGAAGUUCUCUCAUCCUUCAGGGAGCUUUGGGAACGACCCCACAUUUCACUAAGGUUAGGCCCCCAAUUCAGACUCAGGAGUUUGUAAAAGUGGUGAACUCUACUUCUGGUUUUGGUUUAAAUUUCAAACCCAGCCACUUACGCCAAGUCACUACACUGGAGGAGCAAUGACUCUCGUGUUCCUGCCUGCUUCCUGUCCCACAGGACCAGAGCCGAACUCUGCAGGCUCCCAAGCUCCGUGUUUGUCACUAUCCGCCCCAUCCCUUUAGACUGCAUAUGUUUGAGUGACCCUGACACUAAGCUGUUGUUGCAGGCCAAGCCCCCAUGUGUUUAUUUACUUGAGAGUCAGGGAGAGAGGGCUGAGCAAGGGAUGUUUUUAAAGCACUUUGCAACUUAGCAGUACCUGAGAAUCCCCGGCUGCCAUGGGGAGACACUUUUGAGUGCACUGAGGAGAGCCCUUCUGCGUGACACGGGAGGGAAGGGUGGCCUCUUCUGUACAGAAAGGGAAAACAGACUUGCUUCCAAGGUGGAGACGAGAGUCAAGACAUGGCAGAAGAGUGGAAGACAGACAUUUCCACUCACGUGAGGCUGUUACUGACUCUCUGCCAGUGUUGUCGCCACUUGUGUUGACAUCACAUGAAGGAGCAAGUCUACAUAGAGAUGUUGCUAUGCUGGUGGACAUGCCACUCGAGUGUGAGCUGGAUCUCCACUUGCUGCCAUUCUUGCACAGCCUAACAGUCUACUGUCUUCUUUAAUAAACUAAGUAAAAGAAA